CGAUACGCUGAUUGAUUGAUGUGCAAAGUGAUCGAUGCGGUCCGAAAAAGAGAGACACGAGUGGGUCUGCCCUCGAAAUAAGUGACUUUCGAAAUAUGCAGCCAGCCAUCUUCACUUGCCCCUGACCUGACCCACAAAGCACUAAUGUCUAGGUAACUAAGGACACGAUGCGCUCACCCCGCCCCGCCCGUGUACAGGAACAAGAACACACCCACACACGCCGCUGGGCAGAGCAACAAAAAGCCGAGCAGGAGACAGCAGCGCAGCAGCCGAGAAACAGCAUCAGACCAUAUACAUACGUCAGGUAGACAUGAGUCCGUUGAAGGCGGCUGCCGUCCGUCUGAGCGACUGCACCACCAUGAUGGCACACUCAGGGCCGUACUGACGGAUCAGCCCCUCAGAUAGCCACCCGACGCAUCCCUCUGGGUACUGGUCAGCGUGUUGGUGGUGCUGGUGGCUCCAUGACGUGUGCCGCGGGUUGGCCGCCAUCCCCUCACCCUUCCAAAACGACGUGCCGAUGCCGCGGCCGCAAAAAGCACUGAGUGAGGCAACAAGAGACAGACAAUACGAUGCAUGUCAGGCUUUUGUAUCCGUCGCUUGUGUCCGUGCGUACGCUCUGUCGAGUCGUCCUUCGCCCUGCAUUACGCCGUUGACGAAAGCUGUCUCCUGACAGGACAACAGAUAGAAAGGAGAGCAGCCAGAUGGGCAAGGACCAUGUCGGCCGCCGGUAGUCGAUGUCUCUGGUACUUUUUGUCUGAGGUCCAUGCCGUCGACUGUGAAGCCAGCCGGCACCAGCCAAUUCAGCAACAUGCGGCCUGGAGGGAAGGAGCCAGGUGAUGGAUGCGCUUUGUAGGUCGCGUGCCUACGAGGGCUGUCUUACCGGGGAGUUUGUUUGGCGCCUCCUCGUCUUCCUCAAAGCCCUUGUCGGCUGGGCAAGGCACAGGAUCCUCUGACCCAAAAGGAAGAAACAAGUCAUGGGAGUGUUGCGCGCAAUAUGGAUGCUGUCCUUUGCCCACUGUCUUCUCUUUGUCCAUCCGACGUGUCUGCACUCUUCUUCUGCAGGGGAGGAACAGACACGACGCCGUAAAUCAUCAACCAACAUGUGUGUCUCCAUCCGUAUAUUCAGCGGCUGACCCUUUGCCUCUUGGCCUUGGCCUUGUUGGUCUGCAGUUCCACUUUCCUGCCCUCGAGCACAUAGCUCUUGAGCUCGGCCUGCCGUGAGUGGUGCACUGCCACACUGUUGAGGAUUACCAAGGCGUUCCGGUAGUUCAGACUCGUCGCUGCAAGACACCCCAUCGUGGACAUGAAACGGCAGACACCUCCUCUCUCAACAGCGUGCCUACAUGGGCUGGACAGGCAUGUGACGGCAAUGAUUGUGAGGUCGUUCAUGCCGCUCUUGCACUGGAUGAGGGCGGCCAGCAGUGACCGCCAGGGAGAGGGCGUGACGAUACCCGGCUUGUGAGGCACCGGCGUGUCACACAGAUGCUGCAGGUCAACGACACAGACAGAUGCAAAUACUCUGGACGGGGAAUGAUUCAUGCACGAUGCUUACCCCUGCAGGGACCACGUCUCUGUCCCCAUAGCACCAAUACUUGAGCAGCACUCUCUCGUCCUCAUCCGACAAAGUGCCUUCUUCUGCCUUUUCCUCCCCUGUCUCCCCCACGUCGUACACCACCCCUUGCUUCAGCAGCGAAUACCCCAGCAGACGAGUCGAGUAGUUGCAGACCUGCUGCUGCGGCCCCUCCCGAGGCGCUAGAGGUGACCCGGUCACACUGCCAGGACCCCCCUCGCUGCCACAGUCGGCUCGACGGUGCGCAGUGCUCUUGAUCGGGCUGCCUCCGACCUUGCCAAAGACGGUCUCGCGCAUUGGUCUGCCGGUGGAUGGGGGGACGUUGACGUCUGACGACUGUGUGGGCUGGGUUGAGCGCUUGGUUGCUCCUGGAGAGGGGUACGGGCUGUCCUUGUCUUCGCUGCUUUGGGUGGGCGGUGCGCUUAUGUUGGAGUACCACCAGUCUUCCUGAGGGCGCGGCGCACAGGAAUACGUGUGCAAGAGGAUAAGCGAUGGUGUCUGUGUCUCCCUACACACCAGUCUUGAGUAGAGGGCUGCUCCUUUUUGCGCUUUCUGCCUGUUCUCUUCUUCCCUUCGUGCCUUUUCCUGAAAGAUAUCUCAUUAUAUAGGACAAGGCAUUCUUGCACAUGAAAAUCGCCUUACCUCUGGGUCCUCCGCUUUGGGCGCAGGCGCCCUUCCCGCGUAUGUUCCAGUCAGAGGCGCCCUCUUCGACCCGCUCUGACCGAAUGGAGGCGCUCUUCCCCCCGUGGCAUCGCUUUCCGUCCUGGUCAGGCCGAGCGGCAUCAGUGCGUCAGCCAUGUUGGUCCUGUUCUUUGUCAUAUUGAGCUCGCCCCCUGUCUGUCUGUUCGCCUUGGAGUCUGCCGCCGCUGGGGCGAUGGGAGUGGAGGUCCUAUUGCCGGGAGGAGGGUCUGUACCAAGGGACACAAACAGUGUCGAUUCGAGAAGGCAUGAAGUGGGUCCGCUCACCGAGCGGUCGGAGUGCUUCAGCGGACCCUUUCCCCUUGCCGCCUCGACGCGCAUCUUCCGUUUCCGCCUCAGCUUUCUCCGGCCUCAGCUCUCUCUUCACCAUCUCAGUCGCCCCGACUGCGCUGCGGUAUCGCACGUCUCCGCCGACCGAUCGGCCUUUGGCACGGUUUUCGGGCGCUCUGCUGCUCUGAUCGUCGCCUUUGGUUACCUCCUGUGCGAAUGUCCGAAUGAAUCCCUGCAAGGAACAGACGGUGUCGCUGCAGAGACUGUGUCUCUGUUGGUUGGUGCUGACCCUUUGAGUGAGCUCCACACUUUCGAGGAACUUGAGUGUGAAGGGAAUGAUCCAGAUGAGGACGAUAGCGGUGAGGAUACUGACGAUGCACGUGAUGCACUUCAUGACGGUCAACACCAUCUGCGUCGACGCCUGCAUAUUCACCACCAGAGACAUGUACGUCAAGGGUAGGUAUGGCGGGCAGCAGAGGAGAGCUCACCAGCCAAGCCUCUUGGAAGGACGACAGAAGAUGCGUCAUGCCGCAGAAGAAGAUGAAAGCCUGCAAAACAUGCACACGGAGACAAGAUGGGAAAAAAGGACUCUGAGACGUGAAAUGGAUGGAUGCGUCUCACGAUAAACAGCGAUCCGACACACAGGAGCUCCAGCGACUGUCUGGCAGUGAAGUCAGCGCUGCCAAGCUGACGGCUCAUGGGGAAGAAAUCUGCAAACGAGACGACAGGCGAUCUGUGAGGUGCGAAUCAGAGAUGAAGAGGUCCACUCACCGACUCGCAGCUUUGACUUGGUGAGAAAGAGAAACAGUUGCAGCGGGAUCGAGACAUAAGAAAUGGCAAUCAAUACGUCAAACAGGGAGUCCAACAGACGCUGAACAAGACACAAACACAGCAAACAAAUGUUGAAUUCAAGCACAUGCAGCCAUCACAGUCACUCAUCUUGACCUGCGUUGAGGACGAGUGUGUGAGGAGGUAUUGGUGCCCUCCGUCGGUCUGCACGAUAAAUGCCUGGGUUCCCUUGAGCACCAUGUGCACUCCCACCUUCUGCCCCCCCUCAUCGGUGAACCGGCACGUCACAUGCUCCCCUUCCCGCCCACCCCCCAAGUGACUGUCCCGAUGAAGCCGUCUCUCGCUCGUUCCGUUGGCUGCAGGGCCCCGCUUAUGCGGCGGCGGCGGCCGUUCCCUCUUCGAUGGCCACCACAGCUUGUGCAGGUGGUGAGGGGCGGGUGUGUUCUUGCGCAGGUUGUUGUUCACGGCGGGUGAGAAUGCAGGCAAGGAGGCGAGCAGAAGGAUGGCUGCCAACCACCACCGCAUGAAAGCUGAUGGGCGCAUGUUGUGAAUGGAAGAUAAAACAGGACGUUGAGCCCUCUUCGAGAUCAAUUCGCACUUUUUUCCCUCCUCGAG